UGUUCUGGACGCCUCGCAGCUGCCGAUAUUUCUUUUCCGUUGCCAAUCUUUGCUUCUCCCUUCUGUAAAGGACCAUUUCCAAGAAUCAACCGGAAACGAGAUUGUGUGAGCAUCAUCACGUCAAAGCAUCGACACGUCAACUUUUCAGCUGUGUCAGAGAAUGUGACAGAAAUCAGCCACUCUCAAUGUUGCGGCCGGAUGCAUGAUGGCGACGGACACCGCAGUGGGAAAUGGCGAUUGCCGGCAGCAAUGCCGCAAUCUGCUGCUUGGCUUCACAAACGAACGGAACCCGGCCCAUCCUUCUUUUCUGUCUUCUCUCUCUAG